AUGCAGAACCCAGAGGAAAACGGCAACCUUUGUUCCCAGCGCUGUGCAGCUCCUCAACUCCAAGCCAUUCCUGACCCCAUACCCCCUCCUCACCUCUGCUCUCACACUCAUGAACACAGCCGGUUGCGACGCCGGCAUGGCCCGCUGUGUGACUCUAAAUUUGGAGCUGCAUCGGGUUACCACGUGGCACGCAAUGGCCCCCAAGUGGAAAAUUUAGUAGUAGCAGAAGAAGAAGAAGAAGAAGAAGAAGAAGAAAAAGAAGACGACCACAGUGACAGCGACAGCGACUCCGACUCCGACUCCGACUCCGAAUGGUCAUCCGGCGGGUGUGCGUCAGAAGAGGACCGAGACAAACACGAUGACGGAGAAAGAGACCGCCACGACGCUGACGAGCACGACCACGACCACGACCACGACCAAGACGCAGGAGAAGACGAGGGAGAUGAAAACAGAGAGGGCGAAGACGCCGACGCCGACGACGACGAAGACGACGACGACGACGGCGAGCAGGACGACGAACGAGGAGAAGAACAAGGGGCAAACGUGGCACAGGCUGGUGGAUGGCAAAGGGGAGAUGAAGACAGAGAGGGCGACGGCGGCGACGACGACGGCGAGCAGGACGAGGAACGAGGAGAAGAACGAGGGGCAAACGCGCCACAGGAGGGUGGACGGCAAAGGGGAGAUGACGACAACGAGGGCCACGACGACGAGGAGCAGGAUGUGGAACAAGACGAUGAGGACGAGGAGGACGAGGAGGAGGAGGAGAGCGAAAGGUUUGCGUCGAGAGACGGCGAGAUCGAAUGGUCCUCCACGACGUAUCAUCCCCAUCGCCCUGGACCUCGUCGCCGCCGUCGUGCCGAAUAUGAAGAGGACGAGGAACAACAACUGGACAACGGCGACGACGGCAACGACCAAGACCAAGACCAAGACCAAGACCAAGACCAACGUGACCGAGACCAAGACGAACGACACGACCAAGACGAACGGCAACAACAAGACCCGGCCAGACGCGCCACCGCUCCGCAGAGCCCAGGACCCACAGAGUACGCGGCAACACGCGUCCGCGAUAUACUCUCCGCUUUCGAGCUGUUUGUCACGCGGCACAUACAAGAGAUCGUGGUGACCGCCACGAACAUCGAGGGCCUAAGGAAGUGCGGCAACGGCUGGAAACUGAUGGACGCCACGGACCUGCGCGGCUACAUCGGGCUGCUGCUCCUCGCCGGCGUGUACAGGUCCCGAAACGAGGCCCUGGAGAGCCUGUGGCACGAGGAGAGCGGCAGGGCCAUUUUCCGCGCCACGAUGCCGCUCAAGCGCUUCCACGCGUUCUCGCGACUGCUGCGAUUCGACGACCGCGAGACGAGAGCCGCCAGACGAGCCGCGGACAAACUGGCGGCCAUACGAGACGUGUGGGACGCCUGGGUGCGGCGGCUGCCUCGCCUCUACAACCCGGGCCCCGACGUGACCGUGGACGAGCAGCUGGUUCCCUUUCGAGGUCGAUGCUCCUUCCGCCAGUACAUGCCCAGCAAGCCCGCCAGGUACGGACUCAAGUCCUGGGUGGCCUGCGACGCCGCGUCCAGCUACGCGUGGAACAUGCAGAUGUACACGGGCAAGUCGGCGAGCGGCGGGCCCGAGAGGAAUCUGGGCGCGCGCGUGGUGCUGGACGUGACCAAGGGCCUGCGGGGUCCGCGCAACGUGACGUGCGACAACUUUUUCACCUCCUACGAGCUGGCCCGGCGGCUGCUCAUCGAGAGGCGCCUCACCGUGGUGGGCACGAUGCGCAAAAACAAGCCCGAGCUGCCGCGCGCCUUGCUCAACACCAAGGGCCGUGCGCUCUUCUCGUCCAGGUUCGCCUUCACGCCCACCGUCACUCUGGUGUCCUACGUGCCCAAGAGGCACAAGAACGUGCUGCUGCUGAGCACGCUGCACACGGGGAAGGCGCGCGUCCGCGCCACCAGGGACGCCAAGCCCGACAUCAUCCUGCACUACAACAGCACCAAGGGCGGCGUGGACAACCUGGACAAGCUCGUCGGCACGUACAGCUGCCGCAGGAAGACGACGCGCUGGCCCCUCGCCGUGUUCCACAACAUCCUCGACGUGUCCGCCUACAACGCCUUUGUGCUCUGGCGAGAGCUCAGGCCCCAGUGGAUGCGCGGCAAGCUCUACAGGAGGCGCGUGUUCCUGGAGCAGCUGGGCAGGGCGCUCGUGACUCCGCUCAUCGAGAGACGCUCGCGUCUCCCUCGCACGGAAGCGUCCGCCGCACUCGUCAAGGCCUUGACGAGCAGGGCCGCGGCCGCUCGAGAGCACAGAGAGGGUGUUGACGACGACAACGACGACGACAACGACGACGACAACGACGACGACAACGACGACGAUGUGGAACCGACCGCGCCCAGAGUGGCCAGCAAGAGGAAGAGGUGUCAGCUCUGUCCAAAGACAAAGGACCGCAAGACAUACACGGCGUGCGGGGCCUGCAAGAGAUACAUCUGCGGGAGAUGCACGCGGCUCAACUGCGCGGAAUGUGUGCGCGGACUGUAG